AUGGCCAUACGGCAUCACACUCGUCAAGCUUUCCGUGGUGCAUCAAGUACAACGACAGAUAUGAAGGUCCUCGCGUUUGUGGUGGCGGUGUCGCUGGCGGCGAUGGCAGCAGCGGAGGCGCCCUCUUCCAGCUAUGGGGCGCCCUUCCGCCAGGCGCAGCGCCAGCAGGCGCCGCCAAAGCCCAGGGAUCAGCCCAGGCAACAGCCGCAGCCUCAGACGCAGCAGGAGCCGCAAGCGUUCGCCCAGACGCAGUCCCUCCCGGCCUUCUCAGCACCUGCGUCCUUCUCGCCGUUCUCGAGCGCUAGCCCGCCCCUGUUCGGCAGGCAAUUCUUCAUCCCGGCACCAGAACCGUCACGCCUGUCGGACUUGUACCGCCUGCCGAACGAGUACGGCCCGCCACCGGCCACUUUCACCACUACCACUGAGGCUGCCACCACCACGACCGAGGUUCCAACCACUGUCGCUCCUGCUGAUUUUGGGUUCGCCGGUGGCCGCAACGGGGCACUGCGUGAGGCGGAGGAGAGCGGCGUGUACUACGUACUGCAGCCAGACGGCCGCCUGCAGCGCAUCGCCUACGCCCACGGGCCCGCCCCCACAGCUGCCGCCCCACAGCAGCAACAGCGCGCCGCCUCCAGUGAACUGUCUGCCCUGCAGCAGCCAGCGCUCACCCCUGGAUACCUGGCGCGCUUUCAUUACCAGGACCUGCAUCCUGCCGGUGCACCGAUCUACACGUAUGCAAAACCCGAACUCGUGCGUGUCAAUUAG